AUGCGGUCGUCACUCCUUUACACCAUCCUGGGUCUCGCCACAGGCACAACCCUCGCCCGCCAUGUUCACCAAAUGCGAGCAGACUUCAACAUCGCAGACCUCCCACAACCCCAUUCAGCCCGCGGGCUUCCCGCGGCAGAUGGAAAGAAGGGUGUCCUCCUGAUGAACCGCAUCGGCCCUUCUACCUCGGAACUGUACAUCGCCAACGCGGACGGUACGAAUGAGCGCAAACUGCUUGGCAGCAGCUCAUCUUUCGAAUACCAUGCCUCCUUCUCUCAGGAUGGACAAUGGGUCACCUUCACAACAGAGCGUAAUGGCGACGGAAACUCGGACCUGUAUCGCUGCCGCCUGUCUGCUUCAGCGAACGGCACUUGCUCGGAUUUGGAAAAGCUCAUCGCAACCCCCGCGGUAGAAGAUGCCGGCGUUCUGUCUCCCGACGGCACCAAGCUCGCCUUCGUCUCCACGGAGAACGGCUACAAGACCAACAUCUGGGUCCAAGAUCUGGCAACGGGUGAGAGGCGCAACCUCACGAACACGGCCGAGAUUGCCGGCAACCCUCUUGUGCCAGAUGGUUACUUUCGUCCCAGUUGGUCGCCUGAUGGCGAAUGGAUCGCCUUCGCGUCGGACCGAAACACACAAUGGCGUGGUCAUGGCAAUGGAACGGGCUGGGAACACACACAGGAGCUCUCGGUUUAUGUCAUCCGCCCCGACGGCACUGGAUUUCGCAACCUGGCCACUAAGUCCGGAUACUGCCUUGGCUCACCCAAGUGGUCUCCGGAUGGCAAGCGUGUGGUAUACUAUGAGAUCACGGUCGAGGACACAUGGAACGCACACCGUCCCGAGUCUGUUGCCAGCGUCAGCUCUGCGAUUGUCUCCGUUGACUUCGAGACGGGGACGGAUCGUGUCGAGCAUGCUUCGGGUUCCGGUCUCAAGAUGUUCCCGCAGUGGCUGUCGAGCAGCUCUAACACAACCGACAACAUUGGAUAUCUCAUCAAGGGCAACGACAACGAGGGAUACAACUAUACCUCUGGUUCUACUCCAGCUGUCAAGGCCGCCAUCCGUUCCCCUGCAUGGUCUCCUGAUGGAAAGUUUGUUGUGUAUGAGAAGGUCGGAUUCACAGCCCGUCCGAUGGAAAAGCCCCUUUACAGCUGGGACGAAGACUGGGAAUACCGCCACACUGACGUCUUCCCCCAGCUCUCCCUCCAAGGCCGCCUCGUCAUUACGCAGAAGCAGCUUGGUAACUCUUCCAUUGUCUCCAUGAACCCCGACGGAACCGACCUCAAGCUCGUCUUCGAUUCCUACUCUACCGGAGAACUCGACUCCGCUCUUGUCGCCAAGGGUCUUGCCGGUGCAUUCCAACCAUCUUGGUCCGCUGAUGGCGAAUGGGUCACCUUUGGUCUUGGAUCCUGGUUCCAGUCCCGCGCAACGGGCAAAGCCAGAGUCUACCGCACGACUUCCAACGGAACUUUCUACGAGGCUUUGACCGACGGCACUGUUCACUCUGGGUUUCCUAGUUACUCACCUGAUGGUAGCUCCAUCGUCUUCCGCGAGUGGGGUGUCCGUUACGGCCUGCGCAUUAUCGACUUGAACACCCGCGAAGUGCGCUACUUGACGAACGCGACAGACAAUCUCCCUUUCUGGUCCCCCGAUGGCGAGCGCAUUGUCUUCACACGCAAGACCAGCUCGACCAACUUCGACGUUUGCACCAUCCGACCUGACGGCACUGGCCUUCAGACUUUGACAUCAAGCGGUGCCAAUGACGCCCACGCUGUCUGGACCGCCGACGGACGAAUCAUAUAUUCGAGCGGGAUGUACGGUUUCCGCGACGAGGCUGCUAUCUAUGACCAGACCUUCCAGCCAUACGGUCAAAUCAUGGUUAUGGAUGCGGAUGGGUCAAACAAGCGCAUGUUGACGGACAGUUUGUGGGAGGAUUCGAUGCCGCUUUACGUCCCGAACGAGUUCUUGGUAUAG